AUGAUGACUGUACUCGAGAAAGAAGCACGUGAUCCUGUCGAUGUACUGCGUCUCAAGCUUAAGGAUUCGACGUCUACGUCACUACUUAACUCGCAGCUGCUACAAGAGAUCAAAACUGACUAUAUUAUCAAGCAAAAUAGAACUACAGGACAACUUGUUGGAUAUGUGCAGGCACAAGUGGAUGAGAUUGAGCGAGCAAGCGCGUUGCUCGAGCUCGAGACGCCGGUGAAGCAAAUUGUUACGAAUUUGAGUGAUUUAGGACAAACUUGUCUUCGAAUGAAUGAAGAGCUCGGCGAAAAGAAAGUGUCGUCUUCUGGCGUGAGUAUUGCACGACGAAAUCUUAAGGAAUUAGAGUUUCAGAUGGUCUUUUACGACCAAUUGCCUGAGAGAGUACAAGAGCUCCACCAUGCGUUAGAUACCGGACGCUUGAGUUUUGUGGAAGGGUACACGAAGUGGCAAGAAAUCGAUGAUUGGAGGCAAAAGAUGCUGCAUGAGUUAAGUGUUGCAGCAGUAGAAAAACGUGACGAGCUUGGGAACAGCAAUGCUCAAGCGCGUAUUAUGACGUCAAUGGCGUCGAGAUUGAACGCGAUUGAGAGUGUGCAGAUCCGGAUUAACGCGGAGGUCUGGGGCUGCAUGCACCACUGCGUGGAGAUCGCUCAAUUUGGAAAACAACGUCUUAUCGAUGCGUUUCAAGUUCUCAAUCUGAUGGAAAGUCGACGUCAGCGCUUUGUCAAGGCGAAAAAGGAAGUGUAUUUAGACAACCAACUAAACUCCAUAAAUCAGGCCAAAACGAUUCGAGAACGAUGCGAGAUUGAAGUCAUGACGUCGCUUGCUAAACGAAUCGAAAAUAUAUUUCAUUGUGCUGAAAACGAAGCAAAAAAAAACAAGAAAGACGUAUUUAGCUCAAUAUUUGAAGCUGCGACGCAAUUGAUGUUGGAUCUGGAAAUUGUGCAAUCCGAAGUCGCACCGUGUUUUCCUACAGAUAUUGAUAUUAUCCACUUGUUUACAAGCACAUACAAUGCGCAAUUAGAUAGUGUAAUAACUCGUUUAACCGAACGAGCUGACGUAGGGAUUGCUCAGCGACUUCAGAUUGUUCAAUGGAUUGAUUAUUACAACUCGGAAAUUAUCAAAUAUAAGCAUUCACGAGCGUCCGUUGUACUCGAUCGAACUGCUCAAGAGCUUAUGACAGCGUAUCUAGAAGAGAUUAAGGCUCAAAUUCACAGUUGGAUCACGAAUAUCUGGAAGCGAGAAGAAGAGUGUGUGGUGGGAACGCAAGGGGAGCUUCAGUCGACGCGUCCAAAUGAUAUUGUGAACAUUCUCAAGUCGCAGAUUUCAAUUGCGCAAGAAUGGUUGAGCGGGCGACUAAUUGGAUGUGUUGUCACGACCUGCUUACAAGUUUUAAUGGAAGAACUGAAGACACGAUAUGAAGCGAUUGCAAGUAAACUCGAAAUCGUGGAUACGGAAAUGCUGUGCUCGUUUAUCAACGAUGCAGAAAUUUUACAGGCAAAGUGUCCUGAUCUGGUCGAAGAAAUCUCGUUUGCUGAAACGGAUUCAGAGGAGAAAGAAGCGUUCGACACGUUUGUAGGUGAUAGCCUGGACUCAACAUCAACUGAAAUUGUGGUCUUCGCCUCGAAUGCUUGCGAUCUCAUUGUCAGCAAGAUUUUUCACGAAGUCGAGCAGGACACUUUCAAGUUGUGGUGGUCAAAGAAAUGGGAUGAAGGCGCUCCAGUGGUUGAGUCUCUUCUCGCGACUCUCGAUGACUACUAUUCUGAUCUAAAAAAGUGGAUCUUUGGCUCGUUUUUCUUUUCAAAAGUCGUGCGCCAGUGCUUAAACCGGUGUGUCAAAGAAUAUGGCGCAAAAUUUCUCCAGCGGACUGUUCCAUUCUCCGAUUUGGUCAAAAGUGCAAACUCUGUCGACAAGGACAUGCAUAGUUUUGUAGACUUUUUUGAUAAGUACAGUGCCGACCUCCGUCGAACAGGUAUUCGAACAAGAGAGGAUAUUCAAAAGGAACUCACGCUGUUGCAAGUGAUUAGCUGCACGUUACGACAAGAAGCUCCUCCUGACUGCACAUUGCAGGAAACAGAGAUGCUUCGUCGGCAUGCUGUAAAGCUGAUUCAGUCAACGUCGACUCAAGAACACAAGGUGAAGGAAAAACCAAGUAAGGACGGUAGCGUUAAAAAAAAGCGAUUUGGGGCUAUUGCAAAAGGUAAAAAGAGCAAGUCCAAAAAAGAUCAGGCGGGGCUUGCUCCAACAAGUACUUCAGACACUUCGUUCACCGAAGAUCAUGAUAGUUUUACCGUGCAAAAGCUUGAUAUGGCCGCUUUUUUAGGUAAUUAA